CGAACAGAAGAGUGGAGGGCUGAUAACAGCUGCAGAGGAAGAAGUUUUUUAAAGGAACAAACUAAAAAGAUAAAAAGGAAACUGAUCAAGAUCGCUGAUGAGUGCACGAGCCAGCUUGAAAAAAGAGAGAGGGAAUAUUCAAAUGAUAACGAUGAAGCUGUUCUUUCACCUUUGCUUCCUCGUUCUAGUGACGUCUUCUGUUACACGAGGCAAAAACACAACCGAUGUUCCAGAUGUUGAGGAACCUAAAGCGGAGCCCAAAGAAAUUUCAUCUGAUGACCAAAUACAAAAUAAAACUACAGUUUCUCCAGAAAAUGAAGUUUAUGGAAAAGAAUCAGAAACGCCGAAACCCUUAACAACCCAGCAGCUCCUGAAUGGAUCCAACAAUGAAACCACCACGCCAACAGCGCCAGCGCCAUCACCACCAACGGCAACAGAAGGUGGAUCAAAAGACAAAGAGGUCACUUCUGCAGGUGCUGCACCAGCAGCUGCUGCUUCGUCUAAAGCAGGUUAUGUGAUCCUGGUGCUUAUCAUCAUUGUGAUCAUUAUUCUGUGCACCAUCCUCUACAUGCUCAGGCGGGCGUCCAGGUCGUACUCAUUUGAUCUCCAACGUCCUCCAUCUAGCCGUCUAGACGAGCCCACUGGGACCUUUGGCCAGGUCUACCUGGAUGAUCUAGCCCCAAAAGGCAUGGAGACCACUGACGACCUCCCAACCGCACCAGUAGCCAAUGGAACAGGUCCACAGAUGGAGGACAAAGACACCAGAGAAGACAAGAAUACCAGUGAGGUUUCCCGGGAGCAGCCAGAGGCAAACGGGGUGCAGAACUCCCCUCCCAGUAGCGCCAGUUCUUCAUUGGGCGACGACCAAUCUGAGCAGGCGUCCAACCAGCUGAGCAGCAACAACUUGUUGUUUGACGCCAUGGAGGAGCCGCAGCAGCAGAAUGAAAACAACAACAACCCAUCAGCUUGCUCCAGCAUCCCGUUUGUUGAAAUAAACCUGGACGAGCCGGCGUGGUGCGAUCAGUUCCUCACCUCUACUCAACCGACUUCCUCCGUUUAUCCUGUCUCCUUCUCCUCUGCCUCCUAGCACUUACACGUGAUGGUCCUCAAUAACCAAGAGUAAUAAUGAGCUUUAAGGAAUGAAACAUUUGUUUAACUGGCAAUGCCUCUGUGCUAACUUGAAAAGCUAACUCAAUGCUAGACUGUUUUUGGUUAAAUUCACUCAUUCAUUAAAUUGAACACAUAUGUCUUUUUUUUGUACACAAGCGUUUAUAUGAAUGCUGAAAGUCAUUUAAGCUCUUUUCAGGCAACAAAAGACCUUUUUUAAACUAAAUGACAGUUUGUGUUUUAGCUAGCUCGUUAAAUUACUGUGGUUUGUGUAAACAUGUUUAAAACUUUUUAAAAUCUCCUUUUAAAAACACUUAAGUGUUUUUCUAACUAAAUACAAUGUUACUAAGCUAGAGAGAAGUGGUGUCAUGAUUAUCUCUGUUUUAGUAGCAUUCAGUGAAAUUUUUAAAUCAGGGUAUACAUUUUUUACUGCUAUGCUAGUGUUGUAUCAAACUAGAAAGUCUGGUUGUUAAACAAUUUUUUUUUUACCCGCAACUUUGUAUGAACUAAUGGAAAAUAAUAAGAAAAAAAUUUGUGACUUGCUUUGAAAAGUAAACAAGCUGCAAGUAAAAAUUACUUUACCCUUUUUCUUAAAAGUUGCUUCUUAGUUAUGGUUGAUUUAUCAUUUUGUACAAAAAAGUUUACAUUGAUCAAUAAAUAAAAGCACCAGAAGACCUUUACUGGCCUCUUAAAGAUAAUAAUUGUAAUUUCUUCCAAACACAUUUGGAGAUCGUUUUAUACUCUGGUAUCAGUCAAACUAUUUUAACAAAUCAGUAUCAUAAUUAAUUUUUACUUGGUGUUUUUUAUCUUAAAUGUGUAUGUUGUCACUGUUAGUGUUGCUGUGCAUCAUAUUAGAAAUCUGAAAAUCUUAAAUCCUAACAAACUUUUGUGUGUGAUGACAUAGUACCCUUAAUAAAUUUGUGUUUAUAUUGCCUGUCAGAUCAACUCAGAACCUUCAACUUUUUCAUUUUGUUUAAAAUAAAUGUAACAUUCUUCA